CUUUGGCCUUAACGGUGCUCUUUAUGUUACAUAUAUGGCAUUAUAGAUAGUAUAAUAGAACGAAGAAGACUGACGUUUCUCUGAUAAGCUUUCAGAAAAAGUCUCGCAUAUAUAGACAUUGUUGAAUAUGUGGAUUCUGUGUACGACAUUAUUCAUGCUGGCAGCAUAUUGCCAUGGAGUAAAUAUCGACUGUCCAAUAACUAACGUCAGUAUUAAGCACAUUUGUGUGUGUACGCCUGGAAUUAUCGACUGCCAAGGCCACCGACUUGGAUCCAUCCCUCAGUUUAGACAAGGUGGAAAUUUCCGUGUUCUCAAGUUAGGAAACAACUCUUUCACAUCCAUUCCUAACAACGCUUUUGCAACGCUGAACGUGUCUGAAAUAGAUCUGUCAAACAAUCAGAUCAGUACAAUCGGUGUUAGCGCGUUUGCCGGCGUGUCAAGUUCCUUGCGAAUGCUGAAUCUUGCACAUAAUCAACUAACAUCACUUCCGGGAGCAAUUGGAGAACUUCCAAACAUACAGUCAUUGGAUGUAUCUUGGAACCCUAUUCCUGGAUAUAAACCUGGAGCUCACCAUCACCACGGUACAGACGGAUUGACCAAUAGCGUGAUGCGACAAAUAGGUGAUUCGAUAACAACAUUCAAGUUUGGUGAUCCGUCGAUGACUUCGUGGCCGCAGUCACUAGACCAUUUAAGUCAGCUGAAAGAACUGACCGUUGCUGGUGUAAAUAUUCCUUACUGGCCAGCACAAGGUUUCCAUGGUUUCGAGCAAACACUUCAGUACCUUGCCAUAGAGUAUGCCUCACUUGAAGCUGUUCCAUUAGGUAUAUCCAUGUUAACCGGUCUAAAAACUCUCCAUCUAGAUCAUUUGGACGUAUCACACCCGGACGGUUCUCCAAGUAGAUUUAAUGACGACAGCAUGAUUUCAGCCCCAUUUCGAAGUCUCUCACAAACGCUCGAGCAACUGAGUCUUGACUAUGACGGUUUGACCACGUUUCCUGAAGGUAUUCAAGAUCUCGGGAAGCUUCGAAGCCUUAGUUUGGACGGAAACGAUUUGGAAUUUGUCAGUGAUGAAGCAAUCAAGCUCCUGAAGAACGCAAAUGUUUCCAGUCUCAGUUUAAAAAACUGCAAUUUGAAGCGUGUACCUGGAGCAAUAUCUGAUCUGACCAAUUUGGUGGAGCUUGACCUCUCCGAGAACAAAAUCAGGAGUAUAGAAAGCACGGACCUACAGAAUCUGUUCAGCUUGCAGACACUGCGAUUAAACAUCAAUCCCCUUAAGUAUGUGUCCGAUAACUCACUUUGUGGACUAAACAAAUUAAAGGAAUUUUUUUUGGUCAACACCAGUUUAACAGAAAUCUCUCAGUCUUUCAAAAAUCUGCGACAACUACAAAUGCUUGAUCUGCGACAGUCAGACAUUGACUGUACAUGUGACAUGACCUGGGUAAAAGCUUGGAUGAACUGUCAGGGUGAACACACAGUUGAAAUAGAAGGAAAAUGUGAAACUAUAGACCAAGGGAUUAUGGACUAUGUUCAGAAUCGUCUGCCAACUUGCCCUGGUUUCCACGACGAUACAAGUUCAUUCGUGUGUGGCAAUUCAUGCCCGGAAUAAGUAAACGUGUUGUUAUAUUGUACAAAACAUUGACAAUAAUAAAAUGUUUUGUUGUCAACAAUUGAUCACAACAGAUUUACAAUAAAAACUACUCUAAAACGA